GUUACUAAUGAACAAGAGGAAGUUAAUACAAACAUAACUUGCUGCUCAGCAGAAAUAUUUAACGGAGCAUAAACCCUUCAUUUCUUUUUGGAGUGAUAGAGCCCCUCCCCUAUCCAUUCGUAAGCGUCACCCUGUAAAAAGAGCCACCUGAUACUGAGUUCGCAGGAUUCAUCCAAGUCCUGUACCAGGAAGAACAGACCGAUCAAGAGUAGCAAUGAUCAGCUGGCUGUCAGGGCUGAGCUGGAUGUUGAUGUUGUUGACGAUAAUUCUGGGACUCGGAGGAUCGUUUCAGUGCGGGUUUCAGAUUUCUGUCAUGAACGCCCCUUCAGAUCACAUCCAGCGCUUUGUAAACGAGACAUGGCUGAAGCGCUAUGGCACUCCGAUGGCCGAGUCAACUAUCAAACUGAUCUGGUCCAUCGUUGUGUCCAUCUUCAGUAUUGGGGCAGUGUUAGGCUCAAUCAGCAGUGGGCAGCUCUCAGUCAAAUACGGCAGAAAAAAUUGUUUGCUGCUAAACAACGUUGUAGGUUUAGGUGCUGCAACCUUGGCUGGAUUAAGCAGGAUGGCCGGGUCGUUUGAGAUGAUCAUACUGGGGAGGUUUCUGUACGGAUGCAACGUAGGUAUUGGUCUCAAUGUACACUUGAUGUAUCUGGUUGAAAGCUCUCCAAGGGAACUGCGUGGAUUCAUGUCUCUGAGCAGCUGCGUGUUCAUUGGUCUUGGGAAAUGCUUGGGCCAGGUUUUCGGACUCAAAGAGUUGCUGGGCGGUGAGGAGAUGUGGCCCUACCUGCUGGCGUUCAGUGGCGCCCCAGCCCUGCUGCAGCUCGUUGGCUUGUUCUUCUUCCCCGAUUCCCCGCGAUAUCUCUUCAUAGAGAAGGGGAAUGAGGAGGGCUGUGUCAGGGCUUUAAUGCAGCUUUGGGGUAUAAAGGAUUUCAAGAUGGAGCUGGAGGAUAUGGCCAGAGAGCGGGACAAGAUGAAGGGUCAGAAGGCCAAGACGGUUUUGGGAGUGCUUCGAAACAGGUCUGUCCGCUGGCAGAUGCUGACCCUGAUCUUCCCCUGCGCCGGAGUGCAGCUGUGCGGCAUCAACGCAAUCUAUUUCUAUGCGUUUGAUAUAUUCAGUGCCGCUGGGAUUCCUGACGAGCAGAUGCACUACAUGUCAAUAGGGAUUGGGCUGACAGAACUGGUUUCUAUUAUACUAUGUUCAUUUCUAAUAGAAUGCAUUGGCAGGAAGAAACUGAUGGGCAUUGGUUACACUCUCAUGGCGAUGGUGCUGGGAAUUCUGGUUCUAAUGCUCUUCUUGAAGGAUCGAGGACACUGGAUACCAUAUUUCAAUGUGUUCCUCCUCUACAUGUUUAUCUGUAUUUAUGGAUCAGGACCUUCUGGAGCAUCGAUGGCUCUUCCUGCUGACAUGUUUACCCAGGCCUGGAGAGCCCCCGCUUAUGUCGUCAUCGGACUGGGCAACUCACUGGGACUGUUUCUCGUUGGGAUGUGCUUCCCAUUCGUUGUGGCACUGAUGGGCCGGUUCUGCUUCCUGAUCUUCACGAUGUACUGUGUCUUAGCGGCCGCAUUCACGCUUCUGUUUGUUCCUGAAACCAAGGGAAAAACCAUGCUGGAGAUCGCAGAGGACUUUAACAAACUGAACUUCAAGGGAAGGAGGAGCCGAGUGGAAGGGUUGCAGAAGGAAGAACUUGCCAUUGCCACAAAGUUGUGAGAAGCUUCUUGGCAUUUCAGCAGCGGAGACUAGCGCAAGAAAGCACCGGUAAUACAGAAUCUUCUGUCACUGUGGAGAUACGUACUGGUUGAAAGGCAACCAGUUCCUCCUCAGGAACAGUCAGUGUCAAUUCCACCAAUGGAUCAUUGCAGCAGUUUUUUAUGUUUUACACAAGAUUAGGGGGGUAUUUGGCAUCCCGAGCCCAAUAAAAAUAUCGUGCAGUGUUUGGUUUAUUCUUACAUUUCAUACACUGUAAAUCUUUUCCAUGUUUCUCAUAACAUUAUGAUAUUGAAGAUUGGUUUCUACAGCUUCGAUCAGCAUGCAUCUACUCUGUUGUAUUUUUUUUUUUUUUUUUUUUGUUUCGCUGCGUUAUUUACAACAGUUUGUAAAAUGUGGGGAUGCUGUAAAUGAAUGUUGUAUUUUACAUGCUCUGUAAAGAAUUGCAAAUUGUCAUUUAACAGUUGACUGUAGCUAUACCUUAAGGGGUGCAAUAGUACAUGUUUCAAAAAGAAUAAACCAGUUAUAACAGUGCUGUACUGAAUACCACUAGUUUAAUACCAUUAAAUCAUUGUAGUCCUUUCACUUGCUUUAAGCUAAAAUGUUCUGUCCUUUAUUAGCUUCCAUUAAUACAAUUUGUAACUUUAUUUCCAUCACAUUUUUAAUACAUUUUGAACACUCACUCUCAAUCAACAACGUGGUUGCAAUUAGAAAAGUGAGUGUGUGGAGUCAAUCAGACCUAAAUACAAUAGACUAAACGUGUAUAGUACAGGUUUCUUGUAGGACCCACUGAUUCCAGCAGUCAUGCUUUAAUACUAGUCUUACGAAGGGAAGAAAAAAAAAAGUUGAAAUGUCAAAAUGUAUGC